GGAAAUACUAUAGAGAUGUAAUAAGAGAUGGAAAAUGACCAGUGAGCUCUGCAACUAUUCUAAAAUACCACAGACAAACACAAUAACAGUUUCUGUGGUGAAGCUGUAGAAGGUGGUGCAAAAUAACACCCAGAUUAUAUAACAGUGUCACUGUAAACUCACUAUUUACCUUGACUGACCCGCAAAAGGGAAUAUUAUAGGAACCAUAACCAGAGAGCUUCCAUGUUAAGUCACUUUAUUUCACUGUUGACUGCCGCAGACAGAGGAGGAUUAAAAUGACAUUAAAUGAACUGAAGUGAUAAUAAACUGAUUAUUAAGCAUCAGUUGGACAAUAUCCCUCCAGGGGGGAGCUUUAUAUUAGUUACUCAGCCUCCUCGUUCUUCCUGUUUGGAUAAGGACAGAGCACUAUGACAUUUCCAGUGCUGGUUUUGAUGAGAGUGUUGAUUUUUCAGAAUUAAAUUAUGAUAAUCAACAUAUGUGCCGAUAUAUUUUACGUCUCUUCCCUUCUGGUUUCUUUAAUGUUGUCCUCGGUGAUAAAAGCGUAAAUAACCAGGAAAUCAAGAAUGAAGAAUCGAAGAAAAUCUCAUGUCCACAGCUUUAUUCAUUAACCGUUAAAAAGAAAUGACAUGAACUCUUGCGUUGACCAAGAACCACUCCAAUAAACCCAAACAUAAAGAGAAUCAGAAUAAACCGAAGAAAAGUAUCAACAGUCGUCAGAUUAUUUGCGGACAAAAUCAAAAAUCGUCUCAUCUUAAGUGAAAUAUCAGUAAAUCUGCUCUUCUAGUUUGGAGGAUCUUGAACCGAAAGAAGCAGCAGCAGCGGCGGCGGCGGCGGUGGACACGGUGCCCCCUCAGAUGAGUGAACAUGUCGGACCGGAGCGCCCCGGGCUGCCGGCUCAGACUGGACUGGGUCUACGGGUACCGGGGCCACCAGUGCCGGAAUAACCUGUACUACACGGCCGGGAAGGAGGUGGUGUACUUCGUGGCCGGGGUCGGCGUGGUUUACAACACCAGAGAGCACAGCCAGAGGUUUUACCUGGGACACAACGAUGACAUCAUCAGCCUGGCGUUGCACCCGGAGCGCUCCCUGGUGGCAACGGGUCAGGUGGGGAAGGACCCUUAUGUGUGUGUGUGGGACUCCUUCACUGUCCAGACCAUCUCUCUGCUCCGUGAUGGACACACACAUGGCAUCGCCUGCCUCGCAUUCAGCGCUGACGGACAGCGGUUAGCCUCGGUCGGCCUGGAUGCCAAGAACACAGUGUGUAUCUGGGAGUGGAAGAGAGGAAAGAUCCUGGCUACAGCCACUGGACACUCAGAUAGGAUCUUCGACAUCUGCUGGGAUCCGUUUCAGCAAAACCGUCUGGUGAGCUGUGGAGUCAAACACAUCAAGUUCUGGUCUCUGUGUGGAAACUCCCUCACUCCAAAGCGAGGGAUUUUCGGGAAGACGGGUGACUUACAGACCAUCCUGUGCGUGGCAUCAGCUAAGGAUGACAUCACGUACUCAGGGGCACUCAACGGGGACAUUUAUGUCUGGAAGGGACUCAACCUGAUACGAACGGUUCAGGCCGCCCACGGGGCUGGUAUCUUCAGCAUGUAUUCCUGUGAGGAGGGUUUUGCCACAGGAGGCAGAGAUGGCUGCAUCCGGCUGUGGGACGUCGACUUCAAACCGAUCACCAAGAUUGACCUGCGAGAGGCUGAGCAGGGAUACAAAGGUCUGUCUAUUCGCAGCGUCUGCUGGCGAGCCGACCGGAUCCUGGCGGGAACGCAGGACAGCGAGAUCUUUGAGGUGAUGGUGAGGGACAGGGACAAACCGCUGCUGAUCAUGCAGGGACACAGCGAGGGUGAGCUCUGGGCAUUGGACGUUCACCCCAAAAAACCUCUGGCUGUCACUGGCAGCGACGACCGCUCAGUCAGGUUGUGGAGUCUGGUGGAUCAUGCCCUCAUUGCUCGCUGUAACAUGGAGGAGGCGGUGCGGAGCGUGGCGUUCAGCGUGGAUGGAUCCCAGCUGGCUCUGGGCAUGAAGGACGGAUCCUUCACUGUCCUGAGAGUCAGAGAUAUGACGGAGGUCGUUCACAUCAAAGACAGAAAAGAGGUGAUACAUGAGAUGAAGUUUUCUCCCGACGGAGCAUAUCUCGCCGUUGGCUCCAACGAUGGACUGGUGGACAUCUACGCUGUUGCACAGAGAUAUAAGAAGGUAGGAGAAUGCAGUAAAUCUUCCAGUUUCAUAACACACUUGGACUGGUCUCUGGACAGCAAGAUCCUGCAGAGCAAUGACGGAGCUGGAGAACGCCUCUUCUACCGAAUGCCCAUGGGGAAGCCAGUCGUCAGUAAGGAGGAGGUGAAAGGUCAACGCUGGGCAUCCUGGAGUGGUGUCCUGGGCUCAGAGGUCAGUGGCAUCUGGCCCAAAUACUCAGAUGUAACUGAGAUCAAUGCCGUAGACGCCAAUCACGCCGCCGCCGUGCUUGUCACCGGAGACGACCUCGGCCUCGUAAAGCUCUAUCGCUUCCCCUGUUUAAGAAAAGGAGCCAAAUUCAAGAAGUACAUCGGUCACUCUGCCCACGUCACUAACGUCCGCUGGUCACAUGACCUGCAGUGGGUGCUGACCACAGGUGGGGCUGACCACGCCCUCUUCCAAUGGAGGUUUCUACCAGAGUCUGUCAUGAAUGGAGGACUGGAAGUCAACAUACAAGACAGUCAUGGGGAUUCUAACAGUGAAGAGUCGGACAGCGAUGUGUCAGAUGUCCCAGAGCUCGACUCCGACAUCGAGCAGGAAACACAGAUCAACUACGACAGACAGGUAUAUAAGGAGGACCUGCCUCAACUGCGACAGCAGAGCAGAGAGAAGAAGCAGCAGGUUGGAUCUCUGAAGAGACAGAGAGGGCCAGACCAAGGCCUCCGGCUACAGUUUGUUCAUGGGUACCGUGGUUACGACUGCCGGAACAACCUUUUCUACACUCAGGGUGGGGAGGUGCUGUACCACGUGGCGGCGGUGGGUGUGGUCUACAACCGGCAGCUGCACAGCCAGCGCUUCUACCUUGGCCACGACGACGACAUCCUGAGCCUCAGCAUCCACCCGCUGAAGGACUAUGCAGCUACUGGACAGGUGGGGAGGGACCCAGCCAUCCAUGUGUGGGACAUCCAGACGAUGAAGUGCCUCUCUUUGCUGAAAGGAUUUCAUCAGAGAGGAGUGUGUGCUCUGGACUUCUCAGCUGAUGGAAAGAGUCUGGUCUCAGUGGGAGUCGAUGACGGACAUUCAAUCGUAGUUUGGGACUGGAAGAGAGGAGAGAAACUUGCUACUGCCAGGGGUCAUAAGGAGAAGAUAUUUGUGGUGAAGUGUAACCCCAUGCUGAUGGACAAACUGGUCACUGUGGGAAUCAAACACAUCAAGUUCUGGCAACAUGCAGGUGGUGGGCUGACCUUCAGGCGUGGUGUGUUCAGGAGCAUCGGCCGGCCGGAGACCAUGAUGUCAGUGUGUUACGGCCGCAGCGAGGCACUGGUGUUCUCGGGAGCUGCCACUGGAGAUGUUUACAUCUGGAAAGAACCACUGCUGCUGAAAACUGUCAAGGCCCACGAUGGACCAGUGUUUGCCAUGUUCUCCCUGGACAAGGGCUUCGUGACUGGCGGGAAGGACGGUGUGGUGGAGCUGUGGGACGACAUGUUUGACCGCUGCCUGAAGACUUACGCCAUCAAGAGAGCAGCUCUAUCCCCGGGCUCUAAAGGCCUGCUGCUGGAGGACAACCCAUCCAUCAGAGCCAUCACCCUGGGUCACGGUCACAUCCUGGUGGGAACCAAAAACGGAGAAGUUCUGGAGAUCGACAAGACUGGACCCAUGACCUUGCUGGUGCAGGGUCAUAUGGAGGGUGAGGUCUGGGGUCUGGCCCCCCACCCGCUGCUCCCCAUCUGUGCCACAGUUAGUGACGAUAAAACCCUGAGACUGUGGGAGACGUCAGCCAAUCACCGCAUGGUGGCCGUCCGCAAGCUGAAGAGAGGUGGCCGCUGCUGUGCCUUCUCUCCUGAUGGGAAGGCGUUGGCUGUUGGUCUGAGCGAUGGCGGCGUGCUAGUGGUGAAUGCUGACACGCUGGAGGAUCUGCUGAGCUUCCACCAUCGCAGAGACGCCAUCUCUGACGUACGCUUUACCCCAGAUUCAGGUAAAUACCUGGCAGUGGCAUCACAUGACAGCUUUGUGGACAUCUACAAUGUGCUGAGCAGUAAAAGAGUGGGGAUCUGUAAAGGAGCAUCCAGUUACAUCACACACAUCGACUGGGACGCUCGAGGUAAACUGCUGCAGGUGAACACGGGAGCCAAAGAGCAGCUUUUCUUCGAAGCCCCGCGAGGAAAAAGACAAACAAUCAGAAACUCUGAGUUGGAGAGAAUCGAGUGGUCUAGCUGGACGUGUGUUUUGGGUUCGAGCUGUGAGGGAAUCUGGCCGACGCACAGCGACAUCACUGACAUCAACGCGGCGUCACUCACCAGAGACCGAACUCUGCUCACCACCGGAGACGACUUUGGCUUCCUCAAACUGUUCAGCUACCCUGUCAGGGGUCAGUACGCUCGUUUUAAGCGCUACGUGGGCCACAGCGCCCAGGUGACCAACGUCCGCUGGGCUCAGGACGACUCCACCCUGCUGACGGUGGGCGGGGCUGACACCGCCCUGAUGAUCUGGGCGAGGGAGCGAGGAGGUGGGAUCAGUGGGGAGGGAGAGGGGCAUUUGUUUCGCGACAAUCGACCACCUGUGGACAGCGAGGAGUCGGACGACGACAUAGAGGAGGAUGGAGGCUAUGACAGUGAUGUUGCCCGAGAGAAGACGGUGGAUUAUACCACUAAGAUGUACGCUGUCAGCAUUAGAGAAAUGAGAGGAACCAAACCUCACCAACAGCUGAAGGAGCUGUCUGCUGAGGAGAGGCCUCCAGUGAGUCGAGCAGCGCCGCAGCCGGAGAAACUUCAGAAGAACAACAUUUCUAAGAAGAAGAGACUGGUAGAGGACCUGGUUUUGGAUCACGUGUUUGGUUUUCGGGGCUUUGAUUGUCGGAACAACCUGCACUACCUCAACGACGGCACAGAGAUCGUCUACCACACCGCCGCCACUGCCAUUGUCCACAGCCUCAGUACCGGAACUCAGAGUUUCUACCUGGAACACACUGAUGACAUCCUCUGUCUGACCGUCAACCAGCACCCAAAAUACAAAAACAUCAUCGCCACUGGACAGAUCGGCACCACGCCUUCAAUCCACGUGUGGGAUGCGAUGAGUAAACAGACCAUGUCCAUCCUCCGCUGUCCUCACACUAAAGGUGUCAGCUACGUUAACUUCAGCGCCACAGGGAAGCUGCUGUUGUCUGUCGGAGUGGAACCUGAACACACCAUCACUGUGUGGCGCUGGCAGGAAGGAUCUAAGGUGUGCAGUAAAGCUGGACACCCAGACCGGAUCUUCGUAGUGGAGUUUCGGCCAGACUCGGACUCCCAGUUCGUGUCGGUGGGAAUCAAACAUGUCAAGUUCUGGACGCUGGCUGGCGGUGCACUGAUGUACAAAAAGGGCGUAGUGGGGACGGUGGAGGAUGGCAGGAUGCAGACGAUGCUGUCGGUCGCCUUCGGUGCUAAUAACUUGACGUUCACCGGAGCCAUUAACGGGGACGUGUACGUGUGGCGGGACCACUACCUGCUGAGGGUGGUGGCGAAGGCGCACACCGGGCCAGUCUUCACCAUGUACACCACCCUGAGAGACGGACUCAUUGUCACCGGCGGCAAGGAGAGGCCGACAAAAGAGGGCGGUGCGGUGAAGCUCUGGGAUCAGGAAAUGAAACGCUGUCGAGCGUUCCAGCUGGAGACGGGACAGCAGGUGGAGUGUGUUCGAUCCGUCUGCAGAGGAAAGGGUAAGAUCCUGGUGGGGACAAAGGACGGAGAGAUCAUCGAGGUUGGUGAGAAGAAUGCAGCGUCCAACCUGCUGCUGGACAGUCACGCUCGGGGAGGGAUCUGGGGUCUGACCGCUCAUCCUGCUAAAGAGCUCUGCAUCACCGCCAGCGACGACGCCACCAUCAGACUCUGGGACCUCACUGACAAGAAACUGUUGAACAAGGUGUGUGUUGGCCAUGCAGCCCGGUGUGUUAGCUACAGCGCAGAUGGGGAGAUGCUGGCAGUCGGGAUGAAGAACGGCGAGUUCCUCCUCCUCCUCGCCAACUCGCUCAAGAUGUGGGCAAAGAAGCGAGACCGCAGCGCUGCCAUCCAGGAUAUCCGGUUUAGUCCAGACCGGCAGUUGUUGGCAGUCGGUUCAGUGGAGAACACAGUGGAUGUGUACGAUGUGAGCGCAGGACCGAGUCUAAACCGACUGAUUUACUGCAGCGACAUCCCUGCUUUCAUCCUGCAGCUUGACUUCUCUGCUGACAGCUGUUAUAUACAGGUGUCCACAGGGGUGUAUAAGCGACAGGUGUUUGAGGUUCCUUCAGGGAAGUUGGUGAGCGACCAGACUGUCAUUGACAGAAUCACCUGGGCAACCUGGACCAGUGUCCUGGGAGAUGAGGUUUUGGGGAUUUGGCCUCGAAACGCAGACAAAGCCGACGUGAACUGUGCCUGUGUGUCUCACGCUGGCCUGAACAUCGUCACGGGCGAUGACUUCGGAUUGGUCAAACUGUUUGACUUCCCCUGCACAGAGAAGUUUGCCAAACACAAGCGCUACCUCGGCCACUCGGCUCAUGUGACCAACAUCCGCUUCUCUCACGAUGACAAAUAUGUGAUCAGCACAGGAGGAGACGACUGCAGUGUGUUUGUGUGGAAAUGCCUGUGAAUGCAGAGAUUUCUGCCGUCUGGUGACGCUUUGAUCCAGAGCGCCUUAACAGCACCACAAGUGGAUCCAGAGGGAAUCGAACCCACAACCGGAACCAUCAACCUCUUUUUUUUUUUCUUUUCUUUUGGUGACAAGGCGGAUUACAGCCCACCGAUCCGACACAUGUCAUGAUGGAUCGCUUGACUCUGAACGUGAACAAACCAAGAAGAGGCUAAAAGAACUGAACUAGAAGAUUUAUCAGAUUUUCAGGAAAACAUCAGAUGGUUUUGAUGAAAAUCAUCUCUGAUUUUUCUGUCUGGAGCAGAGAAGCAGACUUUGUCAGUCAGUCUCCAUCUGCUGCUACUCAGAAUGCCUCCCAUUUGUGGGAUAGCUGCUGAAGUUGCUGCAUUUCUGAUGACAAACAAACAAGCAGCUGCAGGUCAUAAACGUAUGAUGUGAGCAUCUGGAGCUGCAGAAACAGUGUCAGAACAAAGGGGAAAAAGUUCAACACAGUGUGGGAACACAACAACAGUGUUUGUCUCUAUUUGAGAUUCUCAUUUUGGAUCAUCAUGAAGAAAAUCUGAACCACUUUCUGAUUAGGCUUUUGUAUUUGUAAAGGAUUAAUUAAUGGUAACUAAAGAAUUUACUGAGCCAUUUAUAUGAACAACAUCUGGUUUGCCAGGUUUGUCUUUUAGUUCUUUAAUUCAUUAGGGAGAAGAUAUCUUAAGUGGUCAAACAGUCCAUUGGAGAGGUCUCCUUAAUGAAAUAAAGACAGUGUUGUGCUGGAGGAGAUUUUCCACAACCUGGCAACCUUGAAGAUAUUCUCAAUAAUGGCUUACAAUGGAUCAAUAAAGUAUUAUAAAAUUAUUUAUUAACCAUUAAUAAAUCAACUCAUUACGGCUCAUCACCUCUUAACAGAAAGUGGCACUAGAAAAUCUUCUCCUUUAAACAAACCAUUUGACAAGACUCAGUUUUUCUCAUAAAUGAUUUCCUCCUGUCCAGGGACCAGAUGCAUAACACUGUGCAAAUUCCUGACUGCAACUUUGUGAACGUACAAGACAGAAAUAUUCAGAGACCUUUUUGUUUUUUCAGAUGUAUAAAGCAGGGUGUACACAUUGGCUGGAGCCAAUCCCAACAUAAAGGCGGGGUACACCCUGAACAGGUCACCAGUCGCAGGACCGAUAUAUAAAGACAAACAACCAGUCACACACACAUUUACACCUAUGGGCAAUUUCUAAUCACCAACUAAUCUUUAAACUAAGCUGCAUGUCUUUUGACUGUGGGAGAAAGCCACAACAGCACAGGGAGAACAUGGAAAGUCCACACAGGUGACCCCCAGUACAAACAACUAUGCCCAAAAAUGAACUCAAAUAAUUAUACAUGGUUGGGGAAUUUAGCAUUCAACCAGAUUCUGUCUCACUCUAGAAAAUAAUGUCUGGUGUGACAGAUUCAUGAGGAACACAUGCAUGCAAGUAUAUGUUUGUAUCUAUGCAUCAUUUAUACAUCUGACCCCUGGAUUCAAGUUUUGAACAUGUCUCAUGAAAGCCACUGAUGCUGCAUUUAUGUCAUGCUUGGAACUAAAACAUUCAAAUGAAAAAAAAAAAAAAAAAAAAAAAAAAAUCACAGAAAUCUGAUGGGACAAACAAAGGUUAAACAAAGUCAGUUUCUGGUUAGAUUUGAUCUCACGGCUGUUAGAAAUGGGAUUGGGAUGUGAUACUGGACUGUGGAAAAGUUAAGAAAUCAAAUUUACAGAAACCUCCUAAAGUUUGUCAUUACAGAGAAAAGAAACUUGACAUUUGAUUUAAAAUCACUUUUCAUUUCAGUAUCUCAUCACCCUUAAGUGCCUUUCUGGAUCUUUCUACCUGUGUUUGUUUGUUUUCUUUUUUUGGGAAGGAGGAUAUUUCAUACGCUGUAGUUUUUUUAAAUCCAUAAUUGAACUUUUUUUGGUACUCUGUCUGGUGCUACACUGAGAAUGUUCAAACUUUUAUUCAUCCAAAACGGACGAAAAAAAGAAAAGCAUUUUGCUUUGCUGCUGCUUUUUGUUUUAAAGACAUGAAACAUCCAAAGCAUUGUGAUCGUAUAACAACACAAGAAAAAAAAUAUAUGUUUCAGAGGAAUAUUUAUGGAAAUAUCUAGAUGUUAUUUAUGCCUAAUUUACACUUGUGGAAAUGAGUGUGUGGAUGAGUUUUCUGUGUCUGAACUGUUUAAUAUUAACUGUUGUGAAAAGUGUCAAAGAGUAGGCGAUGUGUAAAGAUGAACAAAGAAAACCAAGUUACACACCUGAUUUGUUGACUUGUUUACCCCUAUGUGCUCGAUUUCCUGAGGUCACUGAAGUAAUCACUGAGGCUGCAUUCAUCCAAAAUGUCAGUUUUUUUUAAGAUAAGAUGAAAUAAGAACACAUCAGAUCACAGAGGCCCCUCAUUUUUUUCUUGAAGGAAAGAAAUUUGCACCACUGAAAAAUCAACCAUGUCAAGAUCUCCAUCCCUCUUAAUUCUUUUAGUUUAUAUUUGUUUUGUAUAGUUUUAUCAAAUUACAGCAAUUUUUCUGUGUGUAAAGUCAGUAACUCACAGAAAUCCUCGGGUAAGGUUGUAUUAUUCCAUCACUGGAGGACUGUAAGGCUGCAACCAACAAUCAUCUUCAUUAUCAACACAUCUGACAAUCUAUCCUAAAUAAUCAUUUGACUGUUUAGUGUAAAAAAUGUGAAAUACAUCAUUCCUUAACAUAUCCAAAUGUCUGACCAAUGGUCAAAAACACCAAAUACUUACUAUCGUGGAAAACUGGAAAAACUGGUAAACAUUUGCACUUGAUAAGCUGGUACUAGUGAAUAUGGGGCAUAUUUUGCUUAAAAGAUUAUCAGACUUGUUGCCAAUUAAUAUUUUUGUCAAUAUCCCACUCGAUUAAUCAACUCAUCAUCUCUACAACACUGGUUGGUUUCUGGGUGUGUGGGGAAAUAAUGAAACUACCAUAUCUUGAAGGGGUCAACAGGGGCCUCUCAGGAGGUUAAACCAACCAUGCACAGUCAAUCUGAUGGCUGGAACCUGAAGAUGUUGUAUACUCACAGUAGUGAUUUGAUGAUUUUAGCAUCAGUCAGUAAAAACAGAGCAAGCUGAAAAAGAUUGAUCAGUAAAGUAAAACUUUGAUGUUGCAGCAGGAAAAUUAAGCCAAAAAUUUAAUUUCUUACAACUCAUAUUGAAACUGUUUUCUUGAACUUAAGGAUUUUCUUUUAAGGAUCAUACUGCAUAUUACAUAAUAAUUUCAUAUCAAAUUGAUUUUUUUACAAUGAUUAGCUUAAUUUCCGGCACUUGCUGGUUUCAGUUUGCUUCCAUGAAAUCACAUUAAACCUUUUUUUUCCUGUCCGAUUGUUUUCAGCAGAAACAAGUUGUCAGAUCAUCAGCUUUUACCUCUGUAAAGCCUGACACAAAACACAGAAUUUUGUGGAAUGUUUGUAUCAUGUGACACAUCAGGGUUUUAUGGUAAUGUCUUUCUCCUUUUUUAUAUUAUACAAAUAUUAUUUGUAUUUACAUCUAAUAUAUAUAUAUAUAUAUAUAUAUAUAUAUAUAUAUAUAUAUAUAUAUAUGCAUAAUUCCACUCCAGCUGCUGUAUACAACAUGUUUUUCAGGUGAAUAUUUCAAUGACUGAUCUUGUGGAUGUCUCAAACAUGUCAUCAAACACAUAGCCUUAUGGGGUUGUUUCUUAUUUUCACAUCCAACAGUUACAACAGUCAUUAAUUAGAAUAAGUUUGUUACCACCUCAAACUGCCAGCUGAGAUGCCCCUAAGUCUGAAGAGGUGUUCUACAACAACAGGUUAUAAAAGUUAUUUUCACUGAUUAAUAAAAACCAUCAUUGACUUAGUUACUGAAGAUUUAAGUCUCAUGAUUUCUGAAGCAAGUUGAGUCUCUGAACUGAAACCAGCUACAGCAGAAAAUGAUGGAUAAAUUAGUCUUAAAUGGUAAAUGGACUGUACUUAUAUAGUACUUUCUUUAGUCAAGUGCUCAAAGCACUCGCAUUCACCCAUUCACAUACACACAUUUAUACAGCACUUAUUCUAUACAUAAGUGCUCUCUAACGUAUUCAUACACACUGAUGCACACACAUCGGGGGCAAUUUGGGGUUCAGUAUCUUGCCUAAGGAUGCUUCGGCAUGCGGACUGGAGGAGACGGGGAUUGAACCACCGACUGCUCUACCUCCUGAGCCACAGCCGCCCCAUAAUGAUCUAAAAUGUGAAUUUUAAAGCUAAAAUACUUCACUCCUGCUCAACAUGAUUUUAUAUUCUGAAUCAGAAAAAAUAUUGAUAUUUGAGGAAAAUAUUUGUUUCAUUAAAGUUACAUCAAACAGAAAAACAUCUUGUUCACAUUAUAUUACAUUUACAAUAAAGGUGCUUUUAAUGUAAACAUUAUUAUUAAAAUGUCAGAAAAAAACAGAAACACUGACCCUUGACCUGAUGUAGUUCAGAAAAGGAUUUUAUGGCACAAAAUCGGUCUAAAAACUUCAAUCUCUGACUAAUUAAUCAGCAUAAGUCACUGAAUUUGUGACUUAUGACCCAUAAACAAAAAAAUAACUUAGUGAAGAAAUAUAUAUAGGUGAAGUCUUAAUGAUGCCAAAAUGGCCCUAAAAAGAUUUUUCACUGUGCUGUCUGCGCUUCAGAUUUAGUAGUAACAGUCUGAUGUACAGGUUGUUUGUGCAGAGUGCAUGUGUGGUGUGUUUAUUCAUGACAGCUGCAGAUACUUAAAAAAAAAAAAAAAAAAACACAACAGAAAAGGCCAAGGAACAUACACAAAAAAUUAUGAAUAAAUAAAUGUUGCAGUUGUUGAAGAUGUGCAGUGAAAAUGUUUUUCUGUGUACAGGUUGUCAGAUUGUGUAGCUCUUUUUUGUAUCAUAAUGUACAUGAAAACAUAAAAUGAUGCUCAGAUGCAUGAAUUUAUUUUUCAACCAAAACAUGUCUGUGGAUGAUGAUAAGCAGAUUUUAUGGUGUGAAUGAUGUUCACUGGUUGAUUUUUUUUAUACUGAGUUUAUUGUGAUCUGUGUGUGUAUGCGUGUUUGUGUGUGUGUGUGUGUGCGCGUGUGUGUUAGCCAAGUGUACAAACAGAUUAAAUGAGACUUGU